UCUGGUGAGUGAUUUCCUGAGCAUGCCGGGGGAAUGACAGGCAUCUGCAGAGACAGACAGCAUUGCCUUGGCUGGGGUGUCGUCAUUGGCUGCCUAUUAGAAAAACUACAGGACAAUGCAUACCACUGACUGCCUACGGUAAACAGAGAGGAUAUGUGUUCACUUAGCAUGGACUUCUGGGAGGAGCCAAGGAAGGGCCGUCUGCAGUUUUAUUGAAUAGAGCAGUGUGCGUUUGACUGCCUGGCUGCCUGCUUGCUCUCUUGCUGCUCUCUGGCUUCCAGGAAUCAAUCCUUCCUUUACAACAUCGUCCCCUGAAGAAUUGCAGCUGAGGAGGUUUCAAGAAAGAGUCUGAGGAUCAUCUGAUCAAAUCACACAGGACUUGGUGAACAAUCAGAGGCCAAAUCUCAGACAUCUGACUGCUUACCUGCUUUAUCUGGGCUCCCUACACCUGAAACCUCACCAUGGAUGAUUUUGAACGUCGCAGAGAACUCAGGAGGCAAAAGAGGGAGGAAAUGCGGCUGGAAGCAGAAAGAAUCGCCUAUCAGAGGAACGAUGAUGAUGAAGAGGAAGCAGCCCGGGAAAGGCGUCGCCGGGCCCGGCAGGAGAGGCUGCGGCAGAAGCAGGAGGAAGAGUCCUUGGGUCAGGUGACCAACCAGGUGGAGGCUAAUGCGCAGAACAGUGUCCCUGGUGAGGAAACCAAGCCAACCAGCACCCACACGCAGGUGGAAGGGGAUGAAGAGGCUGCACUGCUGGAGCGCCUGGCUAGGAGAGAAGAAAGACGCCAAAAACGCCUUCAGGAAGCCCUGGAGCGCCAGAAGGAGUUUGACCCAACAAUAACAGACACCAGUCUGUCCCUCCCAAGCAGGAGACUGCAGAACGACAUGGCAGAGAAUGACACUGCUGAGAAAGAGGAAAAGAAAGAGAAUCGCCAAGAAAGAUACGAGAUAGAAGAAACAGAAAUAGUUAUGAAGUCCUACCAGACGAAUGAUCAGAGGGAUGCUGAAGACAAAAAGAAAGAAAAGAAGGAGGAAGAGAGAGAAGAGAAGCCAAAGCCAGGGAACAUUGGAGAAAAUCAGGUAGAGGAGAAAAGAACAGAUACCCAAGAAGGAACAGUGGUCAUGACAUUGAAAAAUGGGCAAAUCAGUGCAGCGGAGUCAAAAGUAGAGGAAGAAAGGGAAAUAGAGGAAGAGAGGCAAGUAGAGGAGAUUUCCCACGAUGCAAAGGUGGAGGAGGAAGAAAGGGAGAGGGCUGAGGCUGAGCGGCUGAGCAUAGAAGCAGAAGAAAGGGAAAGAAUGAAAGCAGAACAAGACAGAAUGCUAGCAGAGGAGCAGGCAAGAAUUGAAGCAGAAGAAAAGGCAGCUGCAGAAGAAAGGGAAAGGCGGGAGGCAGAGGAGAGGGCGAGGAUUGAGGAAGAAGAGAGGAGGGCAGCCGAGGAAAGACAGAGAGCCAAGGCAGCAGAGGAGGAAAAGGCAAGGAUAGAAGAGGAAAAACAGAGAAAGCUGCUAGAGGAGAAAAAGAAAGAGAUGGAAGAGACAAAGCUAAAAGGGGAGAAGGUGGAAGAGAAGAGAGAAGGGAAAAGGGUAAAUGAAAAGAAAGUACAAGAAGAUAGACAACAGACAGCUGUCCUAAUGAAACAGGAAGAAGAAAAGGGAACUAAAGGGCAAGCUCAAAGACAAAAGUCCCAGGAAGACAAGCCUACCCUCAAAAAAGAAGAGAUCAAAGAUGAGAAGAUCAAGAAGGAUAAGGAGCCCAAAGAGGAAGGGAAGAGCUUCUUGGAUCGAAAGAAGGGAUUUACAGAAGUGAAGUCCCAGAACGGAGAGCUCCUGACCCACAAACUUAAACAUGCUGAGAAUGCUUUCAGCCCCCCCGGACGCCUGGGAGGCCGGGCCAGCGCCACCGCCGACAGCAAGGAAGCCGAAGGCGCCCCCCAAGUGGAGGCCGGCAAGAGGCUGGAGGAGCUGCGGCGCCGCCGGGGCGAGACGGAGAGCGAGGAGUUUGAAAAGCUGAAACAGAAGCAGCAAGAGGCCGCCCUGGAGCUGGAGGAGCUGAAGAAGAAGCGGGAGGAGAGGAGGAAGGUGCUGGAGGAGGAAGAGCAGCGGAGGAAGCAGGAGGAGGCCGAUCGCAAAGCCAGGGAAGAGGAAGAGAAAAGGAGGCUAAAGGAAGAGAUUGAAAGGAGAAGGGCAGAAGCUGCCGAGAAACGUCAGAAGAUGCCAGAAGAUGGCUUGUCAGAUGACAAGAAACCGUUCAAGUGUUUCACUCCUAAGGGUUCAUCUCUCAAGAUAGAAGAGCGGGCAGAAUUUUUGAAUAAGUCUGUGCAGAAAAGCAGUGGUGUCAGAUCAACCCACCAAGCAGCAGUGGUCUCCAAGAUUGACAGCAGACUGGAGCAGUAUACCAGCGCGAUCGAGGGAACCAAAUCUGCAAAGCCUACCAAGCCAGCCGCUUCAGACCUUCCUGUUCCUGCAGAAGGCGUGCGCAACAUCAAGAGCAUGUGGGAGAAGGGGAACGUGUUCUCCUCCCCCUCGGCGUCGGGCACACCAAAUAAGGAAACAGCUGGCCUCAAGGUGGGAGUUUCUAGCCGCAUCAACGAAUGGCUAACUAAAACUCCAGAUGGGAACAAGUCACCAGCUCCCAAACCUUCUGACUUAAGGCCAGGAGAUGUAUCCGGCAAGCGGAACCUCUGGGAAAAGCAAUCUGUGGAUAAGGUCACUUCCGCCACUAAGGUUUGAGACAACUCCAGGAAGAACCCAAGCUCAAGACUCUGAACCAGCUGAGUUGUAAAGGGCUAAUUGCUCUGUUUCAUAUUUAUGUUGAUUUACUAAAUUGGGUUCAUAUUCUUUUGUUUUAUCUUCCAAUAUCCCAGUAACCCCAUGUAUAUGAUCACUAUAUUUAAUAAUCAUAUCUAGUGAUGUUCUUGGUCAACGUACUGCCAUUACACGAGAGCCUGUUUCUCAAGAAAAACCAUGCUGUGAAAUAGAGACUUUGCUACUGCUCAUUAUCAUGCCACAUCAGAAUGGUGACAUCAACCACAUCGAGGCCAACAAAAGAAGAUCCAAGGUUAAGGUUACCUAAGGAAUAUGUGCAGUAUCUAGAAAGAUAAAUCACAGGGGUUCUUUUGUUUGUUUGUUUUUAAAUACAGAAGUCAUGUUGUUCCUGCACUUUAGAAAAAUAAAAGCAUGGAAGAAAUUAUCUAAAUAGGGAAUUGUAACUGUUUCUGAAAGUAACCCAUUUCAGAUUUGAUUUAUGGCAACAAUGAUUAUCUUUUAAAAAGAAGAAAAAGAUAUACUGUUAAGGUAUUACUUUUUGUGUGCUGAUUCAUACCUAAAAUGGAUUAUUAUUUUAGCUUAACAGUGGUACUGAUUUUUGUUUUUUAGGCUGAUUGCUUCGUAGAUUUCUUUGGUAGUGAUAGUAGCUUGAACCACAUUUUAGAUUACCCACUUAUGUAUGUAUGUGCAUACAUGUACACAAACACACUAAUGGUAGAAUGCUUUUUCAUGUGCUAGACUAUGAUAUUUAGCAGCAUGUCCUCGUAACUAGCCAAAAUCACAGCUUCUUAAAAAUUAAACAUCACAAUAUUAUAUUAAUAUUUCGUAUUUGCCAAAA